AUGAUGACGGAGGCUCAGCCGGCGUCCUCGCUUUUUGGACGAGCGCAGGGAGGCCUGGACUGGGCUGCCAAGCAAAGCCCAGAGAAGCGCCGACGCCCGGAGGCGCGCCGGCACCCAGAGAAGCACCGACACUCGGAGGCGCACGGGCACCCAGAGAAGCACCGACACUCGGAGGUGUGCGGGCACCCAGAGAAGCGCCGACACUCGGAGGUGUGCGGGCACCCAGAGAAGCGCCGACACUCGGAGACGCACCGGCACUCAGAGAAGCACCGACACUCGGAGGUUAAGCGCCGACACUCGGAGACGCACCGGCACCCAGAGAAGCACCGACACUCGGAGGCGCACCGGCACCCAGAGAAGCGCCGACACUCGGAGGCGCGCCGGCACCCAGAGAAGCGCCGACACUCGGAGGCGCGCCGGCACCCAGAGAAGCACCGACACUCGGGGGCACACUCGGCGGGCGAGCCCGCCACGGCGGCGGCGGCUGCGGUGGCGGCGGCGCAGUUCGCCUCGGGGGACGCGCUCCGUCGGCCGCUCGUUGGUAAUAUUGCGGGGAUGAUGGGUCACUGA